CUACAAAUCCCCUGGAGGCUCUGGCCUGCCGAGAUGUGAAGAAUUCACCAGUGUUUCUCUACACUUAGUGCUAAAAGGGUAUCAAGUGGAAAAACCUCCUACUACUCCCUGAAAGUAAAGGCCUUGUCUACCAGUAGCUCACACUUUAUUGCUCCUGUCCUGUGCAUAUCCCAUGAGCCACUGGAUGGCUAGAACUGGGCUAGAACCAAGGAGCUAAGAGAGAAAAUCCCAGGCAAGGUUGGGGGAAAUAAGUCACAGUGGCCGGGUGGUGAGGUCACAGAGAGGUUUGUCUGACCCAGACUCCAUGGGGGAGGGGCCUAGGAGGCAAAGGGGCCCCAGAGGUUCCCCAAGCCCAGGCAGGGAGCAUGGUGUGGGAAAGGCAGCAGGGACAAAGGCCGGGGAGCUGAGUACAAGGGGCCAAGGGGCCCGGAGAGAUGAGGGCAGGAGCGGGCGGGGGCGCAGUCAGGAUGGUGAGGAGAAGCCGGAGACGGAAGCUGCCCAAAGUCACCUGGCUCUGCGGACCGGAGGAGGGGCUCAGGGUGAAGCGGAGCUGCCCUUCAGGUGACCCAGAGCCUGGGGGUGAAGAGAAGAAGGGGAGAGGAAACCCUAUAUCUGUUCAAUUGUUCCCCCCAGAGCUGGUGGAGCACAUCAUCUCAUUCCUCCCAGUCAGAGAUGUAGUCUCUCUAGGUCAGACCUGCCACUACUUCCACAAAGUGUGCGACUCUGAGGGCGUGUGGAGACGCAUCUGUCACCGGCUCAGUCCUCGCCUUCGAGAGCAGGGUUCUGUGGUCCAGCCCUGGAAGAGAGCUGCGAUUCUGAACUACACGAAGGGCCUGUAUUUCCAGGCAUAUGGGGGCCGCCACCGCUGUCUCAGCAAGAGUGUAGCCCCCGUGCUGGCCCAUGGCUACCGCCGCUUCUUGCCCACCAAGGACCACAUCUUCAUUCUUGACUACACGGGGACCCUCUUCUUCCUCAAAAAUGCCCUGGUCUCCUCCACCCUUGGCCAGGUCCAGUGGAAGCGGGCCUGCCGCUAUGUUGUGUUGUGUCGCGGAGCCAAGGAUUUUGCCUCGGACCCGAGAGGUGACACAGUUUACCGUAAAUACCUCUAUGUGUUGGCCACUCGGGAGCAGCCGGAAGUGGCGAGCACAACCCACAUCCGGUCCGGCGACUGUGUCGAGGUCUACCUGCAGUCCAGCGGGCAGCGGGUCUUCAAGAUGACCUUCCACCACUCCAUGAGCUUCAAACAGAUUGUGCUCGUUGGUCAGGAGACCCAGCGGGCCCUGCUACUCCUCACAGAGGAAGGAAAGAUCUACUCUUUGGUAGUGAAUGAAACCCAGCUGGACCAGCCACGCUCCUAUACAGUUCAGCUGGCCUUGAGGAAGGUGUCCCGUUGCCUCCCUCACCUGCAUGUGGCCUGCAUGGCUUCCAACCAGAGCAGUACUCUCUACAUUACGGACCAGGGGGGAGUGUAUUUUGAGGUGCAUACCCCAGGGGUGUAUCGUGAUCUCUUUGGGACCCUUCAAGCCUUUGACCCCAUGGACCAGCAGAUGCCGCUUGCGCUCUCACUGCCUGCCAAGGUCCUAUUCUGUGCUCUUGGCUACAAUCAUCUUGGCCUGGUGGAUGAAUUUGGCCGAAUCUUUAUGCAGGGAAAUAACAGAUAUGGGCAGCUGGGAACCGGGGACAAAAUAGACCGAGGGGAACCCACACAGGUACAUUAUCUGCAGCGCCCCGUCGCCCUGUGGUGUGGCCUCAACCACUCCCUGGUGCUGAGCCAGGCCUCAGACUUCAGCAAGGAGCUGCUGGGCUGUGGAUGUGGAGCCGGAGGCCGCCUGCCAGGCUGGCCCAAGGGAAGUGCCUCCUUCGUUAAGCUCCACAUCAAGGUCCCUUUGUGUGUCUGCUCCCUCUGUUCUACCAGAGAGUGCCUCUACAUGCUGUCCAGCCAUGACAUCGAGCACCAUCCCGCCUACCGGGACCUACCAGCCAGCAGGGUGGCGGGGACCCCCGAGCCCAGCCUGGGGGCCGGAGCAGCCCAGGACCCUGGGGGGGCGGUGGCCCAGGCCUGUGAGCAGUACCUCAGCCAGAUCCACAGUUGCCCCACAUUUCAGGACCGCAUGGAAAAGUUGAAGGAGAUUGUGGGCUGGAUGCCACUGAUGGCUGCACAGAAGGAUUUCUUCUGGGAGGCCCUGGACAUGCUGCAGAGGGCUGCUGGAGGGGCUGGCCAAGGCCCCCCAACCCCUGACAGCUGACCCCCCUCUCCUGGUCUCACCCCUGGAGGGAGGGUCUGGCCCUGGGCCAGGGGCUAAGGAGAGGUGGAAUAACAGCAACGAAUGCUGUGUGUGUGCGCGUGUGGAGGGGGAUGCAGUGGGCUAGGGCCUGCUACACAGGCCAGGGUGGGACUGUUGUGUAAAACGUUCAGGGGGCUCCCCAGGAGAGGCUCCCAACCUGACUAUCAUGGACAAAAGAUUUGAUGGACAAAUAGAAUAAA